UAAAUUGUGAGAAAUAAAGUUUAAAAACAAAUAAAAAAUAAAUUAAAUUAAAAACAAAUAUUUUUAUUGCGCCAAUGUGACGUAUGAAACUCAAAGUGAAACUUUUAUUGAAACUUAGAAGCGCAAGCAUACUUUAAACGCGAAAAAGAAAAUGCACUUAAAUAAAUAUUGGUGAAAAUCAUCAAAAUUUCGCGCUAAAACGUGUUUGGAUAAAAAAAAGUCUAUUUAAAUGACAAAAGCAGAAUUUGUGUUGCCAGACGGUUUUGGUCCAAAGUUUACAAAACGCUACAACUUCGAAGCAAACGCAAUUCAAAGUGAAACAAAAAACCGUUAGAAAACGCAUGUGAAAACACACGCUGAAUGCGUGCACCCCGUGAGGUACAAUUUCUUGACUUAUUUGGUUCUAAAAAUCCGCAAAGCUGAAGAUAAAAACUACGCCCAGUAAUCCCUCCGCCGCCGCCGCAGCCGCCCUCGCUUCGAAUAAUAUUGCGCCAUUACAACCACAUACGGGAAGAGUUCAUAACGGUGCAGAUAGCUACCACCUACCGACGCAGACGCAGCCACCGUCGCUGGCUGUACCCAACAACACCAACGUGGCUGCCGUUGGUUGUCUUCGGUCCAUUUCUUCCGCCACCGUUUAUCCGAACGCCGCCAAAAUUGCUCCUUACCAAAGACGCAUGCAUUUGCCGAGCGCAUCGGCUGCGGUCUACAGCGGCGGCUCAACGUCUGGCGGACUCGUCGGCCUCGGCAGUGGCGGUGGCGCUGGCGGCGGCGUUGCAGGUGUCGGUAUUGGCAUUGGUGUUGGUAUCGACGAUGCCGUCGGCCAUAAUGUUUGCAGUCUGAUUGGCAAUGGUGCCGCCGCUAUGGCCACAUCGUGUACCUCGCCAAUGCGUUGGUGUGAAGGCGCCUCAGUGCCGCAACCGUUACCACCCAGUAAUGCGAGCAUUGGCAGUAGUUCACCCAUUGGUGGCGCCAGCAAUGGCACGGUGCAUAGUAGUAAUAGUAAUACGAAUAGUAGCAGUAAUAAUAAUAAUAAUGCUAACAACAAUAACAACCACAGUAGUGGUGGCAACAAUGCCGGCUGUCAGGAUCUAUGGUGGACGGAGCGCAUGGUGGAGAUGGCACACGAGAAGUUUCCCAACGAAUUAGUACGCACCAGCAAUCCAUAUUUCUUAUGCUCCAAGCUGCCACCACACUGGCGUGCCAACAAAACGCUGCCCAACUCCUUCAAAGUGGUAGCACUCGUGGAGGUCGGCGACGGCACGACGGUGACGAUACGGGCCGGCAACGAUGAGAACUGCAGUGCGGAGCUGAAGAACUGCCAGGCGACGAUGAAGGAGCAUGUGGCCAAGUUUAAUGAUCUGCGCUUUGUGGGACGCAGCGGCCGAGGCAAAAGCUUUACGCUUACCAUCACCGUACAUACGAGUCCAAUACAGGUGGCCACCUAUGCCAAAGCUAUUAAAGUCACCGUUGAUGGUCCGCGUGAACCGCGCUCCAAGACAAGUCCCACCGGCGGUCUUCCAUUUCGCCCAGUAGGCAUCUUCGAUUCACCCUACCCGACGCCUUUGCGUGACUUCGAACCGCGUCGCCCCAUGCGCCAACCGCCGGCUGUGUCUUCCAGUACCAAUGCGCUGCAGCAAAUAGCCAAUCACUCAUCGCCCAAUAGCAGCCGGACAAUAAAUAACGAAAUAUAUAAACCAAAUGCGGCAGAGAUAUCAGAAGCCAAUGCACUGAUGGGCGCCGCAGAUUGGACAACCGGUUAUCCGUCGUACAAUACAAGUGCCUAUACGCCCUAUCGAACCCACAACCCCUACCAAUAUCCGCAUCACACACCGACCGCUGCCGCGCCCACCAAUCUGCCGCACUGUGGCUACGAUCCCAGCGUACCGACGACAUUAACCACCGAUCAUAGUCUUGCGGUACCCGGCAUGCUAACGGACAUGUCCUCUUUAUGUGAUUAUCCACAUAGCGGCAUGGCAGCACCCACUGGCACCUACAUGCCGCAUGCGCAAGCACCCAUUUGCAGUCCCAAUCACUACGACGCCAGCAAAGGGGAGCUGGAAACUCUGAACAACACCUACCCCACAUACAAUAAUUUUGCCAACGGCUACAACAAUUACAAUUAUAGCAGUUGUGCCGCUCAAGGUGGCGGUUACCCGGGGCAAGCAGCACCCACCAUGGUGCUGUGUCCGAAAUUCUACUCACACACCGUCAAUCAGAAUGAGAUUCAUGUGCAUGUGCACGACAACUCGUUGAUCAGCUCGCUUACAGGCUACCGAUCGAGCAUAGAGAUCGGCAUUGGUACAUCGGAUCACGAAGCUUUGAGUGCACAAGGAUCGGCGCAGGCAUUACAUGACGCCCAAAUGGGUGGUGGCAGUGGCGGGGGUGACGGCGGUGUGGUCACAGCGACGGACGUUAACAGCGCAGCGGCGAUCACGAGCAGCGAACACAACCUGCAACAGCAACAACAACAGCAGCAACAUCAUGACGCACAGUCGCAGGUGCAGCAGCAGCAACAACAAACACACUUGGAUGUGCCACAGGGUGAUGCGUCCGUAACGGGUGAGCCACACAGCGGCGCUCGCAACGUGGAUGUGGGCGAUUUGGGCAACGUCUGGCGUCCGUAUUGACCGGGCGGUGGUGGUGCAACCACGAAGUCUUACGUACUUGCACAUUGAACUGACUUGAAAACUGAAACUUGGAAACAAAAACCCAAGGAUACAAUAUUUUUUUUAAUUGUAGA